UCCAACACAAAUUCAACUGUAUAGGGAGAUGACGGGUAUCUCUGCUCUUUCCCUCUCUAUUUUAACUUCCUUUAUUGCUGUGAUCCUAUCACCUGCAUCCAGCUCCUGUUGUGGGAGGGGAUCUUUGUGUGCUUGAGAGUGUAUUCGUGUUAGAGACUCAACUCAGGUAGGCUACUAAAAGAAUCCCUUGGAGAUUUUCUGAGGGGGCCCUGUAAAAACAUGGACCGUCUGUACUAAGGGCCCCCCCAGGCCAGGAAACUGCUGGAAAAAGGGCAUAAGCACAGACCGCACCAUGGUGGCUGAGGAGGUCAUCAUCACUCUAUCUGGAGGAGCACCAUGGGGCUUCAGACUGCAAGGAGGAAUAGAACACCAGAAGCCUCUGCAGGUUGCCAAGGUGCGUAAGCGAAGUAAAGCAUGUAGGGCCGGACUGCGUGAGGGAGAUGAACUGGUGUCCAUCAAUGAGAAUUCCUGUGGCAGUUUGUCGCAUGCUCAGGCCAUGAACCUGAUCGACAGCAUACCAGGAACACUACACAUCAGGGUUAGGAGGGCACUGGCUGGCUUCCAAUCGGUGGUUCUGGUUGCACGAGCUCCUUCUCCCCGCAUUGAUAAAGAGUACCGUGCUGCUCUUAAGGCCAUGUCCCCAUCCAACUCUAGACCUCGCCAGCCCAGUGUACGGCAGAUUCAUCGCGGGUCCCUCGUAUCCCCGACUGGACGCGGUGGAUUGACAUCUCCUCCUGGCAGUGAGGCCUACUAUGGAGAAACCGACAGUGAUGCAGAUGUGGCCGCCCACAAAAGGCAAUGCAAGCCGAAAAGACGCAGUCCCAGCAAUUUGCCCACAAAGGCUGGUCGAGCUUCACCAGAGGGAGCUGAGACUUCUGAGAUGAGCGGGUAUGACAGUGCCACAGAUGCCCAAGUGUACCAUCCUAUGGGACCUAAUGAGAGGGGAGACACAUUGCCUGGCGUAGCCCACAGAGAGAUGAUUUUCCAGCCCCCUCUGUCUGGAGCCUGGUCCUCACAGACCUCCACUGAGACCUCAUCCAUGAGUGCGGAUGACCAAAACCCACGAGAAGGGUUAAUGGAAGAGGACAGUGGGUUCCAGGAGCCCACAAAUAUUCCUCCUCUUGUAUCUCCAGAGAGAGCCAAAGAAGCUCUUAUGCUGAGGUCUCGUAGUCAAUUGGUGCCAAUGGUUGGGCCAGUUGACCAUCCAGUGGAUGAGGAGCUUACAUUAACAUAUAAGGAUAAAGCAAAACAAGCGAAAUUGAAUCGCAGAGAGACAAUCAUGGACAAACAGGUGAAAGAGGCUCAAUUCAAGUGCCGCACCAUCGCCUCGCUACUGACUGAUGCACCAAACCCUCACUCAAAGGGUGUUUUGAUGUUCAAAAAGCGUCGUCAACGCUCCAAGAAAUACACACUGAUCAGCUUUGGAAGUGUUGAUGAGGACAUGAGGCAGGACUCUCAAGAAGAGGAUGGUGUAUUUCCUGGUAGUGAAUCAGAAUUUGAUGAGGAUGGGUUUUCUGCUGCGCCUGAUCCCACUUGGGACAGUGACUAUCUUGAGAUGCUGGAGAAAAGAUCAGCAUCCAGAGGUCUGGAAGGAGAGGAUGGAGGUGCUCUGAGUCCUGGUCUGAGUGAUACCUCAGGGAAGGGGGCACAGUUGUUUGAGCAGCAAAGGAGGAGGGCUGAGGAACAUGCCAAGAAAAUGGAAACUGGUCAAGAACAGCAGCACAGCCAAAUGUUGGGCAUUGCACUGAAAGAGACGCAAGCACUUCAGACACAAAAACCACAACCAGACCCACUAACAAAGCCCAAUGUCAAGCCACCACCAGUUGCUCUAAAACCUGCCAGACCUUCAAAAACACUACACCAUGAAGUUCCACCAGUAGAAACACAAAUGAACGUUGGCAAACCUCAAGCUAUCCCCACUAUCCCUGUUAUGGUUUAUGAAGAAACUUCAAACACAAUAACACCAGCUCCCUCUGUGGUACCCAUAACUGAUCUCUCAGUAUCUCCUUCAGAAACUAUGAUGCCUUCACCACCAACUCCUCUACCAGAACUUCCUUCCAGCUCUGUGUUAAACCGAACUGCCCGACCUUUUGCCCCAGGCUGCAUUACCAAUCGGGCAGCCACUGCUCCCGUUGUGUUUCACCCUGCAGUCAGUAAGAAGGCACCCAGACCUGUUUCAGUGGCUGUCAUGGGACCUCCAUUUUCAACAUUGUCAGAGGAGCAUGCCAUGGGUGUUCUGCCUACCUCCUUUUCCACCCUGGUCACAAUGAGCCAACCAAGUCCUUAUGUACCUGCUGAAAUGAUACCCACGCAGCCCUUCAUGCCUGGCAAGCCUAUACCUCCACCUGCUACUGCACCAGUGGAAUCCUAUUCUCAAACUUCUCAUCACUUCUCCUCAGUGGAAAAUAUUCAGGUUCCAUCAAUGCCACUUCCCAAAGCUCAAACCAAAGAACCUAAUUUUUUUGUAGAGACUGAAACUCCUGCAAUCCAUAUUGACACCACUGCGACCUCCGUGGCCUCUGUUAUGCUUCCUCAGACCACUGCGAUAGUUUCCCAGGCCUCUUCUACUUUGACCCCUGCAGCUCCUGUGACCACAUCCAGUCUUGUAACUACACUUUCACCUGUGGUGUAUCGCGACCGAACUUCAGCCACUGGUGGUUGUACUGGUAUUCUUCAAGAGGCUCGCCGCCGUAGUGCAUACAAGCCUAUGUUUAAGGUUCCUGACAACAAGAAGAACUCGCCAAACCCUGAGCUGUUGUCUAUGGUGCAGAACAUAGAUGAAAGACCCAGGCAUAGGUAUUCUGAACCUGAAAAUGUUGUCCAGAACAUGGAUGACAACAUGACAAGAGUCCCACCACCUGUGGCUCCUAAGCCACGGGUCAUCCCAGAAAUGUCAUAUAUCCCUCAGGCUGAAGGGAAAGGUGCAGAGCUGUUUGCUCGUAGACAGAGUCGUAUGGAUUUUUUUGUUGUAGACUCUCCACCUCUGCAGCAACCUCAAAUUCUUGGGGCUCAACACUCCCAAUCAGUCAAGGAUCUGAUCCAACCACAUGAGCCCUCACCAAACCCAUCCCAAUGGAAGUAUUCUCCCAACAUUCGUGCUCCUCCACCCAUUGGUUACAACCCCCUGCUUUCUCCCUCCUGUCCUAUCGGGGUGCAACGUGGAGGGGCCAAGGUGUCUGAGGAAAGCUCAAAAGGCAGUAAAGGUGGUUAUGUGUUCCCAAAAGAGGGUAUCAAAGUCUUGGACUUUAUGAGGAGACAACCCUACCAACUGAACUCAGCAAUGUUCAGUUUUAAUACACAGCCUUCAACACCCCCCUACCAAAGACAGCAGAGGGAGGGGCAUACUCUGACACCACCUAAGCAGAUCCCAGUGAAGGCAGCAUGUGUUUAUGAAAUCAAACGAUUCUCCACUCCCACCCCAAUGUCAGCCCCAACUCUGAACCCCACAGUGCUUGUACCAAGAUCACAGUCCACGUUCGGUGAGCAUCGAUCUCAUUUUGACAUGACAUCCCCACCCCCCACACCUACUUCACCACCUCCACCUAAACCAGUACCGGAAUCCACUCCGGCACCUUCACGAGCCCCAGGCCUCCCAGAGAUCCCCAGAAUUUCAGCUGUGCCCAUCCCUCACCCAAUGCCCUACUCACCCCCAGCUCCCAUGUCAAGUAUGUCAAACCUUAGCUACUCUCGGCUCCAAGCUGCUAAACAGUUUAAGAGUGCACCUGAGUUAAGUGCCCUACCACCAAACCCUUUAAAGUCUCCAAUUCAAGUUCCCAAACCUCAUUUUACUGCAACACGAUUGGGUAUUCAGCCCCGUGUCUGGAGGCCUGGAACCCUACCACACUGAAAAGAUGACCUUUUAUCGAAGAAGCUGAACCAUCUGCUUCUGUUCCCUUCUCAAAAUUAAUAUUUUUCAAAUUUGAUAAAUAUAUUCAUUGAGGAAAGGAAAACGGAACAUUUCUAAAUUUUCAGUUAUAAAAAACAUCUGAAAAUGUUACAUACAUUUUUGCUUGAUUGUUGUAGUGCUUGCAAGGCAUCACAGUUGUAAUAUUCCUCAAAUGUUUUGGUCAGGGUUUAUUCUAAACUCCCAACACUAAAUAUUAAACCAUAAAUCUAUUUUGGUUUUUGGCAAACUUUAAACAUUUUAAGAAAUUUCCACAAUUGACUUACAUUGAUAUAAUGUUCAGCAUUCAAAAUGUAUCUUGGUCAUUCACACAGGAUUUGUUUUUAUAAGUUGAACAGGCAUAUGGCUACACAGACCACCAAUUAAUAGCAGCAUUUCAUGUAUGCAGAACCGAAGCCUAAAACCUAAGCUUACCUAAAAUUAUAUUAAUCAAAAUAUCCUCUUCUGCUUGUCAUUCAGGUUUGGAAUAAAUGAUGACAAUUUAUUUUGGGGAGAACUACUCUUACAGAAAACCACGUGUUUUGAUUUAUUUUUAUAUAAAGGUGCUAAGUGGUCAAAUCAGCAAGUGUUAAAGUUAGGAAACGUACAGUGUUUGAAAGAGUCCUCGAGUCCUCGAGGCUAUCUGAGUGUAGAAGCAGUUCUGUCAAGUUGAGACUGGCAUGAAAAGUGCAAAGCUAGAACUGUCCAGGAAUGUCAGAAGGUUAAUAAGCCAACUGGCUUUAAUGGAAUUAGUUAGGAUACUCAUUGUCAGAUUACCUAUUUGAAUGCUUUACAUGAUGGCUUUCAGGCUGAUUAUUCCUAGGAUGGGUUGUUGUAGAAUGUGUUCCCAAAGCCCUCAGAGUUAUGAGGCAAGUCUUAAGUAAAGGAAUCUGAGGUCUUGUAACACUCAGGGAACAAUGGAUGGAAUUACAAGGAAGAACAUCACUUUAUACUAAUGUGUAUUAGAUUUACGGAGAGAACGAAUAAUUUUUGCUGUAUUGUAGGUGAAAAAAAAGAUUUUUUUAUUUUAUUUAGAAUAUGAAUACUGUUGCUAAAGAUCAAGUAGAUAGUGUGUUUAACAUCAAGAUCUUGUUUAUUUGUCUUUCCCAUUAGUGUUAUGAUGUUUUAUUGUAUUAACUAUGCAAUUAAAGCUUUCAUUUGUUAAAUUCUCUUAUUUUGCUGUUGUACAAAUCAUUAGAUUAGUGUGUCUUUGCAAAAUUAAUGUAUCUGAAUAGUGGUUUUCUUUUUGCAAUACAUAUAAUGAAGAUCAGUUGAACCCUAUGACGCUAGUGAAAGUGUGUUGUAUUUAUAGUACAAUGAUAAUACUGUAUAAACAAGUUUGAAUAAAAUAUU